GAAGUGGGAUACCCGGCGGAAUUGGCGGGAGGUCUCCGGACCGGCUUCACCAUGUCGAAGGUUUCCUUUAAAAUCACGCUGACGUCGGACCCCCGGCUGCCUUACAAAGUACUUAGUGUUCCUGAAAGUACACCUUUCACAGCAGUCUUAAAGUUUGCGGCAGAGGAAUUUAAAGUUCCUGCAGCAACAAGUGCAAUUAUUACCAAUGAUGGAAUAGGAAUAAAUCCUGCACAGACUGCUGGAAAUGUUUUCCUAAAGCACGGUUCCGAACUGCGAAUUAUUCCUAGAGGUCGUGUUGGAAGUUGUUAAUACCCGCUACUCGGAACAUAGGAUUACCUUUCCAAAUAAAUAAAUAUUGGUAUCGUCGUGAGAGUGAAAUCAAGCAUUUGAAACACUAUGAGAACACCAGUAGUCGAUGAAAUAAUGAAGGGCGACUGUCCUUCCUGUUAUCCAGACUCUUCCUUUGAGGAGGGGCUGCUUGUGCACAGAGGGCGCCAUCUCCACAGAAGGUCAUAGUCUUGUUGCUACCUCACAACACACACACGUAGUUCAUUUGGGGUAAAUGGAUUAUCCAGCUGUGUUUUGUAAGUGGUGGAUGCUUCUGAGAACUCUUUCUGAGAUCGUUUAGAAAAUUAAAGUUGACUGAAUCUUCCUAUUUGAGUUAAAAACUAAAGGAUUAUGGAUCGUACGUGGCAGUUUGCUUGAUAGCAUCUGACUUGCAGAUUUAAAAAUAGUUGAAUUCUUAAUUGUAUGUGGUUUAUGACAAAGGAUAUAGACAUACCGGUGAAUACUUAGCUAUCUUAACUUUUUGUCAUUUAUGUUUUUUAACUUUUGAGCUAUGUCAGAAGU